CACGUCCGGUCCUCUGAAAAAGAAAUGAAGCUAAAAAUUUUGAGAGCUACAGAAAUCGAAAACGGAAAGAGAAACACAGAGUGAAGCUAUGACUAUUCGACCGUUAGACUCGCUCCCGCCAACGGAAACCCUAGAAAUUGAGAACGGUCUGUCUCUAGUCCCCCGCGUGAAGCUGAAUCUCACAAUCUACCCUUCACUCUCUUCUUCUGCCACUAAGCCAAUCGACGAGUGGAAGUUAAAGCAUGCGCUCAUGGACUUCCUAAAGAAUUCACUCUCCAUUUCCAUCACCGUUCCUGAAGAGGAUCUAGUAAUCAAACGGUAUAAAGACCUCAAGAAACGAAAACGCGAUGAUUCAGUGGCUCAUGGUACUCUCUGUAUUCGGGACCUAGGGUUCCUCAAUAGUGAAAAAGAGAAAAUUCAAGAUUUGAAGUUUAUGGAGAAAAAGUUUCUUGAAUGGAGAAAGUAUAUUGUUGAAAAAAUGGAUGGGAUAGAGCUCAACCUUGAAGGAUAUAAAUACAAACUCAGUGUUGCUAUACCGGAGUCUGAUGACUUUGAGGGAAUGAAGAAAGCUUGGGAGGAGUUUUACGCUUUUGGAAAUCGAGGGCAUUCUAGAGGAGGGAGGAAAGAGCCGGACACGAUUAUAGUGAGAGGAGUUCCUUCCCGGUGGUUUGCUGAGCCUAGAGUGUCUUCGAAGCCUUCGAUGUUAGUUACACAUACCAUUUUUUCAUCAUUUGGGAAGAUAAGGAAUCUUAACGUCACUGAGGAUGAUGACCAUGGUAAGGAUGUAGAUGAGGAUGCUGUGGACAUAAUUUCAGGACUCCACUGCAAAAUUGUGGUUCAGUUUGAAAAACACAGAGACUUCUAUAAUGCUCUUAAAGUCCUAUGCGGACGUUCAUUGCAGAAGCAAGGAUCUCGAUUGAAGGCUGAUUAUGAGGUCAUCUGGGCCAAAGAUAACUACUUCCGAGAUUCAAAUAAUGAAGCAAAAGAAAGAAGUUACAGAAUGCCAACAGUGGCAGGAGGACACUACCAAAAUGAAGCCCCUAGACAUGAACGAUACACUCCUCGGUUCACUUCUGAUGAUACACGUCGGAAGAGAUUCAAGGAAUAGGAAUUGCGAUGAACUUGUAGAAAAUUUUUUCUUCAGGUUGGACUUUAAGAACAAGAAGGAGCCAAUUCUUCCUGCUUCCACAACCAACCAACCAACCAACCAACCGUGGAAGUUCUUUUUCCUUCUAGAAUUAACCUGUAAAGAGCGACGCAAGAGCUGAGCCCAUUAUGCUGUACAAUAGUUCACACAUUGAAAAUGACUCGAUUUAUUGUCCAUUUAGCAUUUUUUUUUUUUCAAAAGGGCUCAAAGCUGAUAGCAAUGGAAGCUUCUACAAGUUGUAUUAUAUGAUGAGGAUGCACCAAGCUGUAAGGCAUUCGAUUGUUACAUUGGUAAUUAUGUACACUUGUUGUUUCUUGGAAACUAAUGAUUUGUCUUUCCCUGAA